UUUCUCUAGUAAUUUUUAAAACAAAAUGUCUGACAUUAGGAUAGUUCCUUUAGGAGCGGGGCAAGAUGUGGGUCGUAGCUGCAUUCUAGUAUCAAUGGGAGGAAAGAACAUUAUGUUUGACUGUGGAAUGCACAUGGGAUACAACGACGAGAGACGUUUCCCUGAUUUCACUUACAUCACAGAUACUGGACAAACUCUGCACGAUUACAUCAAUUGCGUCAUACUCAGUCAUUUUCAUCUGGAUCACUGUGGAGCUUUGCCAUACUUUACAGAGAUGUGUGGCUACAACGGCCCCAUUUAUAUGACUCAUCCAACUAAAGCUAUAUGUCCUGUACUCCUGGAGGACUUUAGACGAGUUUGUGUCGAUAAGAAAGGAGAGCAGAACUUCUUUACUUCUCAAAUGAUCAAAGAUUGUAUGAGGAAAGUCAUCACGGUUAACCUGCAUCAGUGUGUGAAGGUUGAUGAUCAGUUAGAGAUUAAGGCUUACUAUGCCGGCCAUGUACUAGGAGCUGCAAUGUUUCACGUCAGAGUAGGACAUCAAUCAGUCGUAUAUACGGGCGACUACAAUAUGACACCUGAUCGACACUUGGGGUCAGCCUGGAUUGACAGGUGUAGGCCUGAUCUUCUUAUCACUGAAUCAACUUAUGCAACGACAAUUAGAGACUCCAAGAGGUGUAGGGAAAGAGAUUUUUUGAAGAAGCUGCAUGAAUGUCUUGAAAGAGAUGGCAAAGUUUUGAUACCAGUAUUUGCAUUAGGAAGAGCACAGGAACUUUGUAUACUAUUGGAGUCUUACUGGGAAAGGAUGAAUCUGAAAUAUCCGAUAUACUUCUCCACUGGACUGACAGAGAAGGCCAAUCAUUAUUAUAAAUUAUUCAUAAGUUGGACCAACCAGAAGAUAAAGAACACUUUCAUUCAUAGGAACAUGUUUGAUUUCAAGCAUAUUAAAGCUUUUGAUAGAUCAUAUAUUGACCAACCAGGACCAAUGAUUGUGUUUGCCACUCCUGGAAUGCUGCAUGCUGGUCUUUCUCUUCAGAUAUUCAAGAAAUGGGCUGAAGAUGAGAAGAACAUGUUGAUAAUGCCAGGUUACUGUGUUCCCGGUACCAUCGGUCACAAGGUUCUAUCUGGUACUAAGAAGAUUGAGAUUGACAAGAAACUGGUUAAUAUAAGACUGUCGGUCCAAUAUAUGUCAUUCAGUGCUCAUGCUGAUGCUAAAGGCAUUAUGCAGCUGAUACAAUUAGCAGAGCCAAAGAAUGUCCUUUUGGUGCAUGGAGAGGCAGCGAAAAUGGAAUUUCUGAGACAAAAAAUAAACGAAGAAUUCGGCAUUCAUUGUUAUAUGCCGGCUAACGGAGAGACCGUUGCCAUAGCAACAACACCCUCCAUAUCGGUAAACAUGUCCUCGUUGCUGUUCAAAAGAGCACUGGAAGAAAGCAUAGGUGCCCCACCCUCAAAGAGACUCUGUUCCUUACCAAACAGUGCAGUGGUUGAUGGAUUGCUAGUGAUGAAGAAUGAGGUAAUAGAGGUAUCAUUGCUGACUCAUAAAGAGGUUUCUGAUGAAAUCGGUCUCACUCGUCACAAACUAAAGUUCAGCCAAACGCUGACUCUUGACGGCCAUUUUUUACCAGACAGCAACAUUCUUGAAUUGCUCACAACAUCGAUUAACAAGUUAGUCCCUGAUAGCAAGGUCCUCCAAACAAAGGAAGGAUACGGUUUGGAACUCUCCGGUACUUCAGUGACGCUCAGUAUAGCACAGUUCCUUCCACAGCCUCUCGUUAAUCUGACGUGGGAACUUCAGGAUGAUCACAUCGGCUCAAUUUUAGUGAUGAACCUAGUCCGGACGAUACCAAGAGCACUGAUAAUGACUUAAUGUUUAAUGGACAGUAUUAU